UCACUAGUAUCAAGACAUAACAACAAAUGUGCCAUGCUUUUUAAGUGUCUUAUCUAAAAGAACAGAACAACAAAUGUUACAACAUCAAAAAAGAAGAUUCCAGAUGCUUAAAUUGAGACCAGAACUGUUUUGGUCCCAUCACUGGGAUUGGGUCAAUGGGAGAUUAAAGGCAAAGUGAAGGAAUAAAAUUGAGACAAAGCAGCAAUAACAUCACCUAGAAGAAGAUCCUAUAUAACAACCUCUUAUACUCAUCAAGAGUAGCAAUAGCCUUUGGUCUAAAGCUAAAAACACUCUCCAUCACCUAUAUCUCCUAUUCCAAAUUCCAAAUUCCAAAUAGUUAUUCAGAAAAGGAAAGACAAGUGAUACCAAUAAAGACAUUUAGCUCCAAAGGAAAUGAAGGUUGCUUUCAUUCCGUAUUUAGUUAUCCUGUUAUGCGCCUUAGCAAUCACAAGCAGGUCGUCAGAAACUUCUCACACGUUGAAAAUCAGAGGUGUCCAUGUCUCAAAACAUCUUGCUAGUGCACUAGAAAGAAACAGUAAGAGUGUUGUUGCAGACAUAAGUAGUGACACUAAUAAGUUUGAGUUAUCAGCAACCAAGGAUGUUAUAUCAGAUGUUGAGAAAAAUCAGAGAGGAAAGGGAGCAAAUGGGGGUGGAAGUAUUGCUCGUCAGCCACGUACUCUUGAUAAAAAUUCAGCUGUAAUGCUAAAGCAUCCUUCUAUCUCCUUGUCUACUAUUUGUGUCAUGUCUAGCUUACCUCUACUCCUUGUUCUGCCCUUUGUCAUUCCCUAAGAUGUUCCGAAAAACACCUCAAUCAUUUUUCUUUCUUUCUUCAACUGGUUCUGACCUUUGUGAAAACUUGUGAUUUCAUGAGUGUGUUAUUCUGUUGGUUUGUUUUGUUAGUGUUGUAUGUCAAUCACCAGCUGUGUCGUGUAACAUGCUACAGAUUGAUUGAUGAUGAAUCAUAUCAGUCUUUCUGAUCGUCUCUCACAUUUGUUUUCCUCUUCCUCCUUAUUUGUUUGCAUCUGUGUGUAUUUCAGCAAAAAUAUGAUCAAGUUCAUGUAUGCUGAACAUAAACAUGAAGUAAUCAGAACCAACAACUCUUCCAAUAACAGAUCAAAGCACAGUGAUAAUAUUAUAUUUGCAGAUAUUCA